GUGCGCAUGCGCCGUCUGCUCACUAUCCGCUCGAGAGCCGAUCGCGCGAGCGCUGGUGUAAAGGCUACCUGCUUAAAGGAGACGCAGAAAAAUAAACCAAGAAGAUGUUUUUCGAGUCAAACUCUGAGGUAAAAUGAAUUAGAAACAUUCUGAGAAAGUUGUAAAAAAAAAUUGUAAUUGUAAUGUACAGUUUAUAAUGUUCAGUCAGAAAGUUGGGCAUGUCGGAAAGUUGCAGUGACAGAAGUCUGACAGGAGUCUUCAGAAGGAAAUAGUUUCACGCGUCCUAAAAACAAACAAACAAACAAAAACAAACAGAAACAAACACGCCAUACAGAGGAAUGCUAUAUUGGAUAAGGUUCUGUUGGAGUUUUUUUGAGAGAGAAAAUUCUUUGUGUGUAACAGAAGAGUGAAAUAUGACUCAGCUGGAGCGUCGGUCCUGGUCAGCUGAAGUUUCCGCUGUUUCACCGGCCACUCUUCUUCACACGAGCUGUGUGCACUGAGACACGGAAUCCGGUCUGAGCUGGAUUAUAGUGGACAUGUCUAAAAGCAUCCAGAAGAGAAACCACUGGACUAGCAGAGUGAACGAGUGCUCGCUGCGCAGGAGCAGAGACGGGGAGCUGAAUGUGGAGCUGAGCGGCGGGGCGCAGAGCGGACAGUUCACCUACAUCGCGGUGGUGGGGAAGGAUGUAGUGUAUCAGUAUGGACAGCUCUCAGAGGGAGAGUUACUGCUGGAGGUCGAGGGCUUACCCGUGUCCGGCUUGCCCCUGUACGACGUGCUGGCUCUGCUGGAGAGCAUUAAAGACCCCGUGCGGAUGAAAACAGUUCGACAAGGAAAUAAACUCAAUAAGGACCUGCGGCACUACCUAAGUAUGCGCUUUCAGAAGUCCUCACCAGACCACGAGCUUCAGCAGACCAUCAGAAACAGCCUCUAUCACUAUUCUGUGCCUUGUACCACACGGCCACCUCGUGAGGGUGAGCUUCCAGGGGUGGAUUACAACUUCCUGUCCGUGCAGGAGUUCCUGGAGCUUGAGCAGUGUGGAACCCUCUUGGAAAUAGGAACGUACGAAGGUAACUAUUAUGGAACACCCAAGCCACCCAGCCAGCCUCGCUGUGGGACAGUGAUUACCCAGGAUGCUUUGCGACACGCCCUUUUUGGCUCCUGGAAUUCCACGCCCAAGCGCACAAAGUCCUACAAUGAUAUACAACAUGCUCGAGUAGUGCCAGUUGAGCAGACAGAAGAUGCAGACUUCAACACAGACAUGAAUAACACUUUUACAGCACGUAGUCUCUUCCCCCCACCACUGUUGUUCACAGGAGACUCCAGCCGGCAGGAAGUGCACGCCCCUUCCAGCGCGCUCAACAACGUGGCUGCGUCUCCCGCGGCGACCAUGGCCAGCUCCCAUCAUCCUCAACUGCCCUUGGAGGAAGACCCGCUCGGGCCGUUGCCAGACAACUGGGAGAUGGCCUACACCGAGAACGGAGAGGUCUACUUCAUAGACCACAACACAAAGACAACCUCAUGGAUGGACCCUCGCUGUCAGGAUAAACAGCAAAAGCCUUUAGAAGAGUGUGAAGAUGAUGAAGAAGGCAUACACACUGAGGAGACAGAACUUGAUAGGAACUUGAUUGAACUUGCAGAAUUACCUCCAGGUUGGGAGAAGAUAGAUGACCCAGUGUAUGGUGUAUAUUAUGUAGAUCACAUAAACAGAAAAACGCAAUAUGAGAACCCGGUGUUGGAGGCUAGACGUAAAAAGCAGGUCGAUAUCCAGCAGCCACCAGAAGGUGAGCGCUACGUCAGAGAAUGGAUAGAGGAGCACUCGUCUGCUGGCGCCCCGAUCACCGCAUACAUUCCAAACCACUUGGAGACGUACCGAGAGCCUCAGAGUGGCCCACAGCUCCCGCCAGUCCCAGGAUGCAAACGAGGGAAGCCGUUCUUCACAAGAAACCCCGCAGAACUCAAGGGCACAUUUAUAAGCACCAAACUACUGAAAAGCAGACGGGGUUUUGGUUUCACUGUGGUAGGAGGAGACGAGCCAGAUGAGUUCUUACAGAUCAAGAGUCUCAUAUUAGAUGGACCAGCAGCCUUGGAUGGCAAAAUGGAAACAGGUGACGUCAUCGUCAGUGUCAAUGACACCAUUGUUCUGGGCUACACACAUGCUCAGGUAGUCAAGAUCUUCCAGUCCAUCCCUAUCGGCUCAGCCGUGCAGCUGGAACUAUGCCGUGGCUACCCGCUACCCUUUGACCCUGAUGACCCUAACACCAGCCUGGUGACCUCAGUGGCCAUCCUGGACAAAGAGCCCAUCAUCGUCAACGGCCAGGAGGCCUUUGAUCCGCCACCCUUGGGCCCAUGUCAGUCGGGGAUGGGUACAGUGGGCCCGGUGGGCAUGGAGCCACGCCCCUACAGCCCUACAGCAGAGGGGAUGAUGAUGCCAGAGAGCUACGGUAGUGAUGUGGUAACCCUUGCAUCGUCCAUCGCAACGCAGCCUGAGCUCAUCACCGUGCACAUGGAGAAGGGUGACAAGGGCUUUGGCUUCACCAUUGCUGACUGUGGUGGCAUCGGCAGUGCCAUCGGGGGCGGGCAGAAGGUCAAGCAAAUUGUGGACUACCCACGCUGUCGUGGCCUGAAGGAGGGUGACAUUCUGGUGGAGGUGAACAAGAGGAACGUGCAGAACAUGAGCCACAACCAGGUGGUGGAGCUGCUCAGCAAGUGUCCAAAAGGCAGUGAGGUCACCAUGCUGGUACAAAGAGGGGUGGUCCAGGCCAAGAGGAGUCCCAAAGUGGUGCAGUUGGAGAGGAAGGACAGCCAGGGAAGCUCUCAGCACAGCGUGUGCAGCCACCGCAGCACCCACACAGACUCACCGGCCCGCGCCGUACCAGCCGUGCCCCCUGUGCCCAGUGAGACGCUGGCAGCUCCGCCCCCAGUGCCCCCUCCUCCCACCCAGCCCCUUCCAAGCUUGCCCCCAUUGGAGCCACCCACCAAUGGCACUCUUCAGAAGAAACCAGAUCCUUUCAAGAUCUGGGCACAGUCCAGGAGCAUGUACGAGAGCCGAAUGCCGGAUUCUCAAGAACAAGACAUCUUUCUCUGGAGAAAAGACACAGGAUUCGGCUUCAGGAUCCUUGGCGGGAACGAACCUGGAGAACCGAUCUACAUCGGCCACAUAGUGAAGUAUGGCGCGGCGGACGAGGAUGGGCGCCUGCGCUCUGGGGACGAGCUGAUAUGUGUGGACGGAACAGCCGUGGUGGGCAAAUCCCACCAGCUGGUGGUGCAGCUCAUGCAGCAAGCGGCCAAACAGGGCCACGUCAAUCUCACAGUCCGCCGCAAAACAAGCUACGGAGUGUGUAAGGGUGAGGGAGACGUGCCUCCGUCUCCUGCCUCAUCUCACCACAGCAGCACUCAGGCUCCAUCUCUGACUGAGGAGAAGCGCACGCCGCAGGGCAGCCAGAACUCCUUGAACACAGUCAGCUCUGGCUCAGGCUCCACCAGUGGCAUUGGCAGUGGUGGUGGAGGUGGAAGCGGCAGUGCCGUGGUGCCUGCCGUGGUGCCUGCAGUGCCCACUGCCCUACAGCCGUAUGACGUAGAGAUCCAGAGGGGCGAGAACGAGGGCUUCGGCUUUGUCAUUGUCUCAUCCGUGUCACGGCCUGAUGCCGGCACUACAUUCGCAGCUGGAAACGCAUGUGUGGCCAUGCCCCAUAAAAUAGGGCGGAUCAUCGAGGCCAGUCCGGCGGAUCGCUGUGGGAAACUGAAGGUGGGCGAUCGCAUCCUCGCUGUCAACGGCUGCUCCAUAACCAACAAAUCCCACUCAGACAUCGUCAACCUGAUCAAAGAGGCUGGGAACACGGUCACACUGCGCAUCAUCCCAGGAGACGAAUCUUCAAAUGCCGCCCUGCUGACCAAUGCCGAGAAGAUUGCCACAAUCACCACCACACACACACCUCAAAGCAGCAGUGAGUCCAGAAACAACAAAUCGAAACAGGCUCCGCCCCAACCUGGAACGCAAAUGUCUCAUCAGGAUGCUGAAUAUUACUCGGUGGACCUGGAGAGAGACAAUAAAGGCUUCGGCUUCAGCCUGAGAGGAGGGAAGGAGUAUAACAUGGACUUGUAUGUGCUGAGACUUGCAGAAGAUGGAGCUGCAGUGAGAAAUGGCAAGAUGAGGGUAGGAGAUGAGAUUUUGGAGAUUAAUGGAGAGAGCACUAAGAACAUGAAACAUUCCCGUGCCAUCGAGCUCAUCAAGAAUGGUGGUCGGCGAGCGAGACUGGUCUUGAAGAGAGGUGAUGGCUCUGUGCCUGAAUAUGACGGGCCCAAUGACGGGUACCCUGCCCCACCCGGGCCACAAAAUAUUCCGGAAGUGAGAACGCUGCUGCCCAACAGCCGCUUUCACCUCCCAUUGGAGAACAGCUACACAUCAGAACACCACACAAACCCCUGGUCCCAGGAGCAGUGGCAGAGAGGUAGAGGGCGUGAACGAGAGAAGGAUCUGAGUAGGGAGGAGUACAGAGACCACACCCAUCACCCCAAACACCCUCAGAACCACACCUGGAGCAACAAUCGUGCUAAUACCCGAGGUGUCCACUCGCCUUUGCAUUCCCCUUCACAUUCCCCUGAAAACGACAAGAAGAACUCUGGCCGUAAAGUCAAGAAAUCUGAGUCAGAAAGCGGCAUCGCCAAGCUCUUCAAGACACUGAGGAAAGAGAGUGGCUUCGGGAAGAAGCCUACAGACCGGGAGGCUCGAGGCCGCCAUCGCUCCCCGGAAAGAAGGAAAGGCACAAAAACACGCCGUGGCUCUUUGGAUCGCUCCCCAACACGUAAAAAUGGCUCCUCUCCAGACCGGCAUAGGGCAAAAUCCAUGGACCGAAGGGCCGAACGCUCACAACGUGAUUAUUCUCCAGAACAAGUCUCUCGUGGUUCUAAUCACAGUUUCACCCGACAGAUUGGAACGCCGGAAAGGCAUUUCCAGCCCCAGCAGAAAUGGCAGCCACAGACCCCCAGCCGGAGCUACCAAGAAGAGGGCUACCUCACCUCCACUCCAGAGAGACCCAAUAACAGCCUAAAGAAUGGGCUUUCUUCCUGUGAACGGGAGGAGAGGUUUUGGAGCAAUGGCACACCCCAGAGACGCUACCGGAGAGAAUCAGACAGCAGCAGCAAUAGCAGUUACCUUGAAGAGGCGGCCGCUCCCAGGCUGAAGGAUUACUACAACGCCAUGAAAGCCAACAGCACCAUCUCGAUUCCCCAGUCCAAGAGACGGCUUUACAAAGAGAACCAAGCCGACCUCAGCAUCUGAGCACGGGAAACCCAUAACCAUAAACUCUCAUCCAGCUGGAUAGCUGAUAAUAUCACACUGGUUUUAAAAGCCCUAAUGAGGUGACUGAUUGAUUGUUUGAAUGAAUGGUAAAUGGAGUGACUGAUUCUUCGAUUGGUUGAUUGAUAAAUUGAUUAAUUGAUUGCACAGUCGACUUAUUUUAUGUCUGCACAUUUUAUCCCAGGACAAGAAAAUUCUGCAGACCAGCCACAAAUACAGCAACAGAACAAUCUUAUGUCUACUUUAUUCAUUUUGUUUGUUUGUUUGUUUAUUUGUUUUAUAUCUCUACAGUGUUGUAUUGAUCAGAGAGUGAGCUUUUGUGCAAAUCGGUGUCAGAUCAGUUAAGAGAGCACGUUUUUCCCCUCUGUUAACUUUCAUUUCAUUUUUGAAGUAAAUUUUUUUUAAUUAUUAUUUUUUUUUUUUUAAUGCUGUGUGUCCUAUAUAUUCCUCAUAACUGCAAUUUUAGCAGAUCAGAGCACAAGGGUGUGUGUACAUUUUAUGGAUGAAUACAUGUGUUUACAUAUGUGUGUGAUCAUCUCAAGUGAAGGCAAAUUUAAAAAAUAUAUAUAUAUACAAACUAUGAUGCUACUGUCUAAUGAAGUAAUAUAUUUAAAGUGUAUUUAUUUUUUUUAAUUGGCACAUAAUGAAGUGAAUAAGAUGGUUUCUCCUCCCUAACUGAAAUUCUGUUGCUUGAUCUACUGUGUGUGAUUAUCUGACUGAAGUUCUCGCUUGAUUGUGUGGACUGCUGCACAGGGCCAGAGUGCUGCUCUACCCAUAAUUCCCCUUUGACCUAAACAAGCCAAAUUUCUAAUCCAUCCUGUUAUUCAAAAUGUCUCAAAAAGGCCGUCAUUCAUCAGCAGUGAGUGACGGAACAAUAACAGUAAGAUUGUGUCCAGUGUCUACCUUGAAACCAGUCUGGGAAAAAAAAACAAAAACAGUGAUUCACCUGACAGACAUGACCCUAGUAAAUGUGGAGAUUUUUUUUGGUUGUCCAUAGGUUUUCAGGGCUUAGCAAAGAUAUCUUAGCAGAAAGAUGCCUUUCUCAGUUUUAAAUCAGAGAGCAAGCCUGGAUAUAACAAACAUAAACCAUAAGAAAGUUCUGAACAAGGGCAGAUGUGGUACCGUCUGUCCACCUGAGCCAUUCCAUGUCUUUGCACUGGAGUAUGAUUAAUGCUGAGCUAUGCGUGUCUGUAUGAAUGCAUUUUUUUGUGCCUGUGUAUAUAACAUUUCAGAUUUGACAAGCCGACAUGAAGUCUCUAAACAUGAUGACGGAAAACACAGCAAGUUGCAUCGCUGCCAUCUUCAUAGUACUGUAUGGAACCACUAACCUGUCAGCCACCGUCGCGUGUACAGACUUUUACUACUGUAUGUAAGUAAUAGCAACCUGUGGAAAAGAUGAGACCGUUGCCUUUUCUUGUACAAAAGAGAAUUUAUGAGAACCGUCCAUCUUGAGGAACAUGAUAUGGUAUGUUUAUACUCCUCAAGCAGAGGCGGUGAGUCAUAGAUAAUAUGUGUAAUUUAUACUCUAAAUCAGGCAUGUUUCAAAAAUCCAGAGACGACCGACCGACGAUCUGUUUUUUUUCCAGGGUGGGGAAAGAUUUGGGGUUGAUCAGGCGUUGUUUGAGAAUGAGAUGGGGCCGACUAUCUCUUGUGAUGCAUAGCCUGCCUUUUUAUUGUAUAGCACUUGUAUACUGUCUGUGGUCUCUCUGCAAUGUUCUCUGGACUUUUGCUUUUUCUGUGUAAAUGAAAGCAGUACAUGUAUAUGGGCCAAUCUUUUUUAUGAAACACUAUGCAUAUAUAGAUACUACAUUGUCCAUAGCUUUAUUUGACUCAUGAAGCUAUUCAUAAUGUUAGUCUAAGUACAAGUAGAUGUUGACCUAUCCAGUAAAGCUUUUUCUUUCCUCCUUCAAAUGGAUCGCAAUGUAUAUGUAGCUAUCAAAAAGAAGUCUGUGAAUGCUAUUUUUAUUAUCAAAUAAAGUUUUCCAUACAAA